AUGAGUAUACCAUGUCCCUCUCCUCCUGGAGAGAGAGAACUGAUGGAGCGAGAAGAGAGGCUCACACGAGGAUCCAAAGCUAUCAUCGGGAUAUGUGCAAUGAAUAGAAAAGCUACAAGUAAACCAAUGCGGGAAAUUAUGAGCAAAAUUAUAGAAUUUUAUAAUACGUGGUUAGAUUAUUUUAUAUUCCCUGAGUCUGUGAUUUUGAAUGAACCAGUUGAACGCUGGCCUCUAUGCGAUUGUUUGAUAUCAUUCCACUCUACAGACUUUCCUUUGCACAAAGCAAUCAAAUAUGUUGAGUUGAGAAAACCUCAUGUAAUUAAUGAUUUAAAGAGACAAUAUGAUUUGCUUGAUCGUCGGAAAGUGUUUCGAACAUUAGCCAAAGAGGGAAUAGAACAUCCGAGACAUGGAGUUCUCAUGCGAGCGGAUUCAAAUGAACCAGAUGGAGAAUUGAUAGAGCACAGCGAUCAUAUCGAAGUCAAUGGAAUGGUAUUUAACAAGCCUUUCGUAGAGAAGCCAAUUUCGGCUGAAGAUCAUAACGUAUAUAUUUAUUAUCCGAGUUCUGCGGGGGGUGGAUCUCAAAGACUCUUCAGAAAGAUUAAUAAUCGAAGUAGUUGGUAUUCCCCUGUCUCGGAGGUUCGAAAAGCCGGAUCUUAUAUCUAUGAAGAUUUCAUUCCUGCGGAUGGAACAGACGUCAAGGUUUAUGCCGUCGGACCUUUUUAUGCUCAUGCUGAAGCUCGAAAAGCUCCAGGCUUAGAUGGGAAAGUCGAAAGAGACACAGAUGGAAAAGAGGUGCGAUACCCAGUCAUCUUGAGCAACAAAGAAAAGCUGAUUGCUAGGAAAGUGGUGGAUGCCUUUGGACAAAUUGUCUGUGGUUUCGAUUUACUAAGAGCCAAUGGAAAGUCUUACGUUUGUGAUGUGAACGGCUUUUCUUUUGUAAAAACAUCCACAAAAUAUUAUGAGGAUACGGCUAAAAUCCUAGGCAACUCUAUUGUUAGAGCGUUAUCCAAAAAUCAUGACAGGAUAGCAUUCCAAAUGCCACUAUCCGAACCUCCUUUACUUGAUUUAGGCUUAGGAGAUGAUCCUCCGUUGGUCUCAACACCAAGUGGAAAGUUGAUGGAGUUACGAUGUGUUUUGGCUGUAAUCCGCCACGGAGAUCGAACACCUAAGCAGAAGAUGAAAGUAAUUGUACACGACCAAAGAUUCUUUGACUUAUUCAAGAAGUACGACGGGUAUAAAAAAAACGAGAUUAAGAUGAAACGUCCAAAUCAGCUGACGGAAGUGUUGGAGUUAGCUAAGCAAAUAUUAUUAGAGAAAUAUGAAGAAAGAAAUAGGGUUCUACAGGAGAUAGAAAACAAUGAGAACGAACCCAAUUGUAUGGACCACGUAGAACAAAAGUUGGAAGUAGUUGAAGACCAAAUUAAAAAAUGGGAACAGAUUAGGACAGUGCUUGAAAUGUACGGACAUUUCUCGGGAAUAAACCGUAAGGUUCAGCUCAAGUAUUUGAAACCUCGAGAAGUGAAGCGAACUGAAGAAGAUUCCAGCACACAACAGGGUGCUGCUCUCAUGCUUAUUCUGAAAUGGGGUGGUGAAUUAACAAAUGCAGGAAUGCUACAAGCAGAAGCAUUAGGAAAGCUUUUCCGUACUUUGUAUCCCGGUAUCAGAAGAACAGAUGGUAAAACAUCUCCUGAAGAUACACAGGGUCUUGGGUUUUUACGACUGCAUUCAACAUAUCGUCAUGAUUUGAAGAUUUACGCAUCCGAUGAAGGCAGAGUGCAAAUGACUGCUGCAGCUUUUGCUAAGGGAAUGUUAGCUCUUGAAGGAGAACUUACACCCAUUCUCAUGCAAAUGGUUAAAUCUGCCAACACUGAUGGAUUACUAGAUGACGAUUGUCAUGCCCGUGACUUCCAAAAUGAGUUAAAGUCUUAUCUGCAUCAGGCCCUACAGGUCGAUCGGGAAUUCACUCCAGAAGAUUUCCAAGCUUUGAAUCCUGAUGGUUUACGAUCAAUCAACAAUUCUAUGGAAUUCAUCAAAAAUCCAAGAAAAAUGUGUCAUGAAAUAGCUGGCUAUGUACAAAAGAUGUGUGAAGUCAUAUCUUGGCAUAAAACGAACAAACCCAAUCACUCCCUUUAUCAGAAUGAGUCAUGGGAUCUAGCUCAAAGGAGAUGGGGUAAAGAGCUUAGAGAGUUUCGUCGCACUAACAAGCUUGGCGACGUAGAAUUUGACAUUUCGAAAAUACCUGAUAUCUACGAUAAUAUAAAGUAUGAUAUGGAGCAUAAUCCAGAGAUAUGUGCUGGACAUGAAGUUGACCUUGAGCGGAUGUAUUUGUGUGUUAAAAAUAUGGCAGACAUCGUGGUUCCUCAAGAAUACGGGAUACGUAAAGAAAAUAAAAUAUGUGUAGCCCAACGUGUGUGCACUCCCUUAUUGAAGAAAAUAAAAAGUGAUUUACAUCGAUGUUUGGAAAGUUCUGAAGAAGAUGAGAGCCAAACCAGGCUAGAUCCGAGGGCCUCUCAAGGAAUCGCCACCCCUCUAAGACAUGUCAGAACCAGGUUAUAUUUUACAAGCGAAAGCCACAUCCAUACAAUGAUGAAUCUAAUCCGAUAUGGAGGACUUUGCUCAGUUGACGAUCGAAAGUGGCAGAGAGCGAUGAAUUUCCUUAGUGGAGUGACAGAGUUUAAUUAUAUGACUCAGGUUGUUUUAAUGGUGUAUGAAGACAGUAGAGCGGAAAGUGGACAAGAUCGAUUCCAUAUAGAACUUCUCUUCUCACCUGGGCUUUAUCCUUGCUUUUUGACUGAGAAGGAGAGGAUAUAUGAGAAUAGAAUGAACAAUAAAACGAAUGGGUUAUCGAAAAGUCACUCGAGAGAUGGUGGAGCAACUUCUCCUUCAACUGUAGCUGGAGCUCUUAGUGAAACACAGAAAGAGAAAGAACCAACUAAUUUAACUCUACCUACACCAGUGGAUGAUGUUUCUAUAUCAAGUCAACUUGAUGACAGUCAUCCACUUCCAAGUUCUGGCCUCGUUAGCCCUGCUGAUAAAAUGUGUGUUGAUUCUGAUGACCAUUUCGAAGACCUUAACGAUUCUGAGUCUGUUAAUUUGGUUGCUCUCGAUGAAGUUACUCAGAAGCAAUUCACAGCAGAUGAAAAAUCGAAAAGACAAAGGCAUAUGACAGGAGGUGAACGAGAAAAAGCUAGUGAAGAAGGGGAUAGGCCCAAAGAAGAUGGCGAAUGGAGAAGAGAUAAAACUUCAGAGCCUCUCGCAAGAGUGAUGAAAAGUUCCUCACAGGUUUCCGUUGGUGAUGGGGAAGAUGAUUGUCAAGCCACUGUGGGCAGUGGACGCGGCAAAUGGGCGAAGGACCUUCUUGAUGAAACUCGAAAAGCCAUGAAGAGUAUCAAAGAAGAUGAUGAAAAGAAAGAAAUAGAUAGAAAAGAUAGUGGAUCAGGUGCCUUCAAGUUGGAACUAUCUGCUUCCGGAGAAGAAAAGUCACGACGCUCUCGUUUCCCCUACAAAUUUAAACAUCAUACGGUGAAUUUACUCACGGGAGCAGCAUGUGUUGCUGGAUUGAACAAGUUGGUUAGUACUGAUGUAUUGAUGGGAAAGUUCUUGAUCGAACAUGCGAAAGACAAAUCUAAACAGACAGGACAAAUCAUUUCAGAUUAUGCACCAGGUCCAGCAGUUUUGUCCACUGCUGUGAUUGCACGAUCUUCAAGUGCUCCUAGAUUACAAACGUUCAAAGCUGAAGAUGAUUUGAACGUUGGAGAAAUCAAAAGAUUCUGGCCUCCUCUUAGAUCUCUAGAAACAUUGCAUGAUAAUAUCAAGUUCGAACAGUUUGAUCGUUUCGUUUCUCAUCUGAUCAAUUUUCCUACACCUCUGCCAAGCCCUCCUAAAACACCUCUCCCUGUAUCAAACGAAGAUCUACAACCUAACCUCAGUAAAUUAUCAGCUGAAGUUGAAAAAUUGAAAGAAUUGUCUUUAGAGAAGAAGUGA